UCGAAUGCAUGGAGGAGCGUUCUUAUUUUUGAUAGCUGAUGCAUACGGCAAUAUUCAUUUUAAAGCUAUCUACUAUUUUAUUUUUACCUGCCUCAAGCGAUGCGUUUACAAAGUGGCUGCUAGAUCGACAAACGCAGAAGCAUAGAAUGAAAUAAUUUCCCGUAAAGAUCAUACUGAAUCUGAAAAAAUGACAAAUUAGAGGGUAGAUACAUUAAUCCGUUGACACUUAAGAAAAGUGAAGUGCUCUUGACAUCGUGGACCUGACAUUCCUCCGUUGAGCAGUGCUUUGCUAAACCAAAUGUUUUAAAUAGCAGGUGCCCGACAAAUCCCCGCGUACUGGAAUAUCACGGUACUAAAAACUUACACGCUUCAUCUUAUUCUGGAUUACGGCGACUCUAUGGAUAUUUUGUUCUAAUUCAAGCUAUCUAUAUAUGUGUGCGUGUGUGUGCGAUGAAAAUUAGCUGAAGAAGUAGCACUUGAUAAGAACGACCUUGCCAAUGUUUCAUUCAUGAGAAAGAUUUGUAGACGGCUAAGAAUUUACGUUUUGGAAUUUUUAGUGAACAACUCUGAAAGCGAAGUAUGGGAUGUGAUUGUGAUUCCUAUAGAUAAAGCCUGAUUGACGGGUUUCGUUUUAUCUGACUGAUGUUUGCUGCUUUUUGCUGACGAAGUUAGAAUCUAACGGGGGACCUACUACCCAUAUCUUAUAGGCCAAGAAUGGAUAUUGAUAUCAUAUGAUCAGUUACAUUUCAAAUAGUGGUUAGAGUCAGAGAAGCGCAGUAUGAAAUCCGUGGAGUACAAAUUGACUUUAAUCAUUCUUAUUGUUGUGUUUAUAAAUAUAUUUGAAAAACAUUUUGUGAGUGGACAGGACAAGAAAAGGCAGCGACAUUACUGGUCUUACUACCAAAGGGACGGCGCUGGGUCAAGGAACGGAUCAAGACCGAACGUCAACUUACUGAGGGGACCCAACACCUGCGGUUCGACUUCUCGACGCUACUGUUGUCAGGGCUGGACUCGCCAACCGGGACACUACCGAUGCAUCAUUCCGAUCUGUCAAAUGGGAUGUCAUGGAGGAACGUGUAUACGUCCUAAUCUCUGUCUCUGCUCAAAUGGUCAACCCUCAACAUCUUGUCAAAGUAAAGCAGUGUGCAAGCCGCAAUGUGCAAAUGGAGGAAGAUGCAUAAGGAAUAACAGAUGUUCAUGCACAUACGGAUUCUCAGGGCCACAUUGUGAAAAUGACUAUAGGAUAGGACCAUGUUUUACUCAGCUCUCCAACAACAUGUGCAGGGGCCAGCUGACCGGACUGGUUUGUACCAAGAACCUAUGUUGUGCCACAGUAGGAAAAGCCUGGGGCAAUCCCUGUGAGCAGUGCCCUGUUCGACCAUUCCCAUGUCGUCGUGGAUACAUUCCAAACUUGAAGACAAACACAUGUCAAGAUGUAAAUGAGUGUAUAGCUAUACCCGGGGUGUGUGGUGGAGGAACAUGUGUGAACUCUGUAGGGUCCUACAGGUGUGAGUGUAAAACAGGGCAGCGGCAAAACCCCAUCACUCGGCAUUGUGAAGAUAUUGAUGAAUGUGCUGAACGUAGAGACAUAUGUGGAAAUGGAAGGUGUACAAACACCCAGGGCAGCUAUUUUUGUACCUGUAAUGAGGGUUAUGAACUUGCCCAAGAUAAAUCUACAUGUGUUGAAACUCAGAAGAAGAGGUGCUUUAAACAGGUUGUAAACAACAGAUGUUUCCAGCCAAUGGUACCCCGCUUAUCUUUGGCCGACUGCUGUUGCGACUCUGGCAAGGGCUGGGGAGACAUCUUCAACUGCCAAAUCUGUCCUGAACCAGGAAAAGAGGCGCACUCGGAACUCUGUCGGAGUGGUGGAGGUAUUACUAGAAACAAGUGUCGACUUUUUCCCAAUCUGUGUGUGAAUGCCCGCUGUGAGCCUACUGAAUACUCCUACAGGUGUGUGUGUUACCCUGGAUACAAACCAACAACAAACAAAGACAGGUGCACAGAUAUAGAUGAGUGUUCUGAGCAGCAAGGAUUAUGUGGAAAUGGUCGUUGUUUUAAUACCCCUGGCAGCUACAGAUGUCGUUGUAAUCGUGGAUAUGUAUUGUCAUCAGGUGGUCAAUGUACAGAUAUAAAUGAGUGUGCCACAAACAGGAUGUGCUCUAAUGGUCGGUGUGUGAAUAUGGAUGGUGGGUACAAAUGUGAAUGCAAACCUGGCUACCGUCCCUCAUCCAAUCUGCAGACCUGUUAUGAUAUAAAUGAGUGCACAGAGAAUGGUAAACUAUGUAGAAAUGGUCGUUGUCAGAAUACAGAAGGAUCCUACCGAUGUAUUUGUAACCAGGGUUACCAACUGUCACCAGACAGGGCUUACUGCCUAGAUUAUAAUGAGUGUGAACGAACUGGCAUGUGUACACAUGGGGUGUGUGUAAACCUAAAUGGUGGCUACAAGUGUGUUUGUAACACAGGUUUCACAUCAUCUUCUGAUGGCAGAACCUGUCUUGAUGUUAAUGAAUGCCUCAGGAACCCAUGUGUGAAUGGAAUCUGCAUAAACAACCAGGGAAGUUUUCGUUGUGAGUGUCCAAAUGGUUUCCGGUUACAGGCUGAUGGGAAGACUUGUUUGGAUACCAGACAAGGGAACUGCUUCCUAGAGUACAGAAAAGGCCGUUGUUCCAAUGCCCUGACUGUACCGAUGUCUAAGUCGCUGUGCUGUUGUAUGGAUGAUGACGCUUCAAAGGCUUGGGGACCUAGAUGUGAAAAAUGUCCAAAGAAAGGAGAAGUUCAAUACUCACGGCUCUGUAAGGAUAUUCCAGACAUCAAUGAAUGUAUGCUGAAUCCAAAUAUCUGUCAAAAUGGAGCAUGUGAAAAUUUACGAGGAACCUACAGAUGUGUUUGUGAUAAAGGGUUUACUCCUAAUCCCACAAGGAAAAAGUGUCUUGACUUAGAUGAAUGUGAAGUGUACCCUAACUACUGUGAUGGGGGAAGCUGUAAAAACACUAUAGGAAGUUUUCGCUGCACGUGUCCCUCAGGCUUCCGUCUUAAUCCGGCUUCCAUAAUCUGUGAAGAUAUUGAUGAAUGCAUAGACAACAACCCAUGUGUUGGAGGGACUUGUAACAAUGUUCCUGGGAGUUUCAGAUGUGAUUGUCUGGAUCCUGGAAAAAAGCUGGACUCCACUGGCAGAAUAUGUCUUGACAACAGAAAGGGAUCAUGCUGGUUAGAAAUUAACAAUGGCCGAUGUGAAAAUAAUGCCCAGGCCUUGGUGACUAAAUCUGAGUGUUGUGGAAGUAUUGGGGUUGCUUGGGGUAGUCCGUGUGAGGAGUGUCCAUCCUCACCACAGAGACGGUGCCCCCCAGGGUAUGCCACCAAUGAUGGAAAGAACUGUAUAGAUAUAAACGAGUGCGAGAUGUUUCAGAACGUGUGUGAAGGAGGGGGUCUGUGUGUGAACACUCGUGGAUCAUUCAGGUGUAACUGUCCUCCAGGUCUGAUUUUGGACUCCACUGGGAGGCGAUGUAUAGAUAAAAGAGAAGGCAGCUGUUACUUGAAGUACUAUAAGGGGUCCUGUGAACACCCUGUAGUGGGGAGGUACUCGAGGGGGACGUGUUGUUGCUCUCUAGGGAAAGCUUGGGGGCCAAGCUGCUCUGCCUGUCCUCGUCGAGAUUCAGAUGAAUUCAAACAGCUCUGUGAUACAACAAAACAGCCAGACAUCAAUGAAUGCGUGGAGUUUCCAGACAUUUGUAAAGACGGAAUAUGUGGCAACACGGUAGGGAGCUUCACCUGUAAGUGUAACCAGGGUUACACUCUGGAUGAAACAGGAACUGUGUGUUUGGAUAUCAAUGAAUGCAAGAUCUCCUUUGGUAUAUGCAGCAAUGGUACAUGUAUCAACACUCCUGGUAUGUUUCGCUGUGAGUGUGACAAAGGCUUCAGGCCAGUCAUGAUGGAUCAGAUGUGUAUGGACAUCAAUGAGUGUGAAGAAUUGCCUGCCGCUUGCAAAGGAGGACUGUGCCUUAAUCUCCCAGGGACUUUCCUAUGUGAAUGUCCAGAGGGACUGAUCCUGUCUCCCGAUGGACAGUCCUGUCAAGACAUUGACGAGUGUGGUGACAGCAGCAGUUUGUGUAGUAAUGGUGUUUGUGAGAACUACCUUGGAGGAUACCAGUGUCGUUGUCUGGAGGGAUAUGCCCCAAACCUCCAGCACACCUCAUGUAUAGACAUUGAUGAAUGUGCCUCAGGAAAUGGAGGCUGCCAGUCACUGUGCUUCAACAAACCUGGGACUUUUUCAUGUGGAUGUGAGACGGGCUAUGUUUUGAUGUCAAACCAAAGAUCCUGUCAAGAUAUAAAUGAGUGUAAGGAAACAAAAGACAUUUGCAGUGGAGGGUCCUGCAGCAAUCUGCCUGGUUCACACCGCUGUACUUGUGUUGGAGGCCUGAUUCCCUCUGUUGAUGGCAAGCAGUGUCUCGAUGUAAAUGAAUGCCUGGUGAAUACCAACAUCUGUCUUCAGGGAGCCUGUCACAAUACUCAUGGGUCUUAUGAGUGUAUCUGUGAGCCAGGGUUUUCUGUCAAACCUGAUUCUAGAAAUCCAGCCUGUACAGAUGAUGAUGAAUGUGCCACUAAAGAAGCUAAUUGUGAUCAGAAUGCUAAGUGUAUCAACACCAUGGGCUCCUACAAAUGUGAUUGUGUACCGGGCUAUUCGGGUGAUGGUUACACCUGCAGAGACAGUAAUGAAUGCACACGUGAUAAUGGUGGCUGUUCCCUUGAUGCCAACUGUGUCAAUUUACCCGGAAGCUUCAAGUGUGUUUGUGAAGACGGAUUCAAAGGAGAUGGUUAUAGCUGUAGUGAUGCGGAUGAGUGUUUCCUAAAUCCUUACCUUUGUCAAAAUGGCAAUUGUAUCAAUUUACCUGGGAGUUAUCGAUGUGAAUGUGACAUGGGUUUCUCGCCAACACCAGAUGGGAAGACCUGCCAAGAUAUUGAUGAAUGCAGCUACUUCAGUAACCUUUGUAUUAAUGGCGAGUGUGAAAACACAUUGGGAAUGUUCCGAUGUCGAUGUAACCCGGGAUUUAAACAAGAUGCUACAGGGGGAAACUGUACAGACAUAAAUGAGUGUGAGAACCAUGACAACUGCCUGUAUGGGACAUGUGUGAACCUCCCCGGGAGCUAUGUUUGUCAGUGUCCCCCAGACAAAGUACUCAAUCCUACAGGGACAGCCUGUGUCGACAAGAGGCGUGGUUUUUGUUACCUGGAGGUAGGGAGCAGAGGAACCUGUCAGAAUGUUAUUGGUACCAAUGUUUACAAGGCCAGCUGCUGUUGUUCCUUUGGCCAGGGCUGGGGGGAGGUGACAGGGCUGUGUGAAGCAUGUCCCCAAAAUCAAACAGCUGAAUACCAAAGGCUUUGCCCUGGCGACCCUGGAUUAAGGCCUGACGAAGUGACAGGAAUUCCCAUUGACAUAGACGAAUGUCAGGAGAUAGACGGGCUGUGUGAAGGGGGAGAAUGUCAGAAUACAUUUGGAAGCUUCAUUUGUGUCUGCCCAAAGGGUCAUCGGCUGAUCAACUACAGAUGUGUAGAUAUUGAUGAAUGCAGGGAGAAUGGGUCUCUGUGUGGAGCAGGUUCCUGUCUGAACACCAAGGGUAGCUACAAAUGUACUUGUCCAGAUGGCUAUGUCCUCAUGAAAGGAGAGACAGAAUGCAUGGACAUGAGGAAAGGAAGCUGUUAUUCUACCUACAACACAACAACAGGUUCUGGUCUCCGGCAGUAUAUCUGUAGGAACCCCCUGUCGAGGAAUCUGACUCGCAAACAGUGCUGCUGUACAGUGAUUGGCAAAGCCUGGAAUUCUCCCUGUGAACCCUGUCCAGAGUCUAAUACAAAGGAAUAUGAAUCAUUCUGUGAUGUGGCAUCAGUAGUACAAGAUCUGGAUGAAUGCACUUUGUUUGGAGACGCUAUCUGUAAAAAUGGUCGGUGUAUCAAUACCAAGGAGAGUUUCCGUUGUGAAUGUAAUCCAGGAUACCGUUAUGACGUUGAAAGCCAUAGUUGUUAUGAUGAAGAUGAGUGUAGAAGGAGUUUACCCCCUUGUGUUCCAAUAGCUCGGUGUGUGAAUACUCCUGGCAGCUACAGAUGUCAGUGUCCCUCAGGGUACCGACUACAUCAGAAUGGACAUAGCUGUUUAGACAUCAAUGAAUGCUCAGAAGUGCCAGGAAUGUGUGCUAAUGGAGUUUGUACAAAUUUGGAGGGCAGGUUUCAAUGUACAUGUAAUCCUGGCUACAGACUAAAUCGUAAUAGGGAUGGCUGUAUUGAUAUUGAUGAGUGUAGCAUACAGCCUGGCCUGUGUAAUAAUGGAACAUGUGAGAACACACUAGGACGUUACAUGUGUCAUUGUCAUCCAGGAUUUACUCGUUCUCCAAAUGAGGACUGUGAAGACAUUAAUGAGUGUGUAACUCAGGUAGGCCUGUGUCAGAAUGGUCGCUGUGUGAACCAGGUUGGAAACUUCAGCUGUCAAUGUCAGAGUGGAUAUAUGGUCUCCAGGGAUGGACGCUCCUGUCAAGAUGUUGACGAAUGCACCCUUUUUGGGGACAUUUGUGGUAGUGGGGUGUGCAGGAACAGAGAGGGGUCUUAUGAGUGUAUCUGCUACGAGGGAUAUGAACUCACCAGGGCAAGGGACACUUGCAUGGAUGUGAAUGAGUGCAGAACAGUUCCUGGUAUAUGUGCUGGCGGUCAGUGUAGGAAUCUGGAGGGAGGAUACAGAUGUGUAUGUCCCCCGGGACUACUGUUGACUGCUGAUGGACAGAAGUGUAUUGAUAUAAGAAUGGGGAACUGUUUCAACAUCUUUAGGAAUGGACGCUGUUUACGCCCAAGUCUGAUCAACAUGACUAAGGCAGAUUGUUGUUGUACAUACGGCCAAGCUUGGGGGAGUCAAUACCAGUGUGCUGUUUGUCCUACUGAACAAGAAUCUGCUUUUCAGACGCUUUGUCCUGAUGGUUUUGGAAGAGUUGUGGAUCCAUCUGGAGAAAUUGUGGAUGUGAAUGAGUGUGCUAGAGAUGCGGACCUUUGUGUAAAUGGGAAAUGUAUAAACACAGAUGGAUCCUACAGAUGUGAGUGCCUACCUGGCUACAAGCUGGGUACUGAUCAAAGGACCUGUGAAGAUAAAAAUGAAUGCACUGAUAGUCCAGGGGUCUGUGGUAAUGGAACAUGUCGGAAUAGAAUUGGAGGAUUUGAAUGUCUUUGUAGUCCAGGUUUUGAACCGGGAGCAGACCGCACCUGUGAAGAUAUUGAUGAAUGCAGCAGCUCUCUGAAUAAUUGUGCUUUCCGUUGUGUCAACCUUCCCGGUACUUUUCAGUGUGUGUGUCCCAAGGGCUUCACUCUGGCCCCCGAUAACUCUCACUGCCAGGAUGUGGAUGAGUGCCAAACACGGGCAAAUAAAUGCCAGUAUGCCUGCAAAAACCUGGUGGGGUCAUUCAUGUGUGUUUGUCCAGAUGGCUUCACUGGCACAGGAGAUAACUGUAGAGAUAUUAAUGAGUGUCGUGAUCCUCGAGUUUGUCAACCAGGAAGAUGUAUCAAUCGCCAGGGAAGCUACCAGUGCAGGUGUCCUCCAGGCUAUACCCUUAGUCCAGACAGAAAACAGUGUUAUGAUCAGAGGGAAGGUUACUGUUUCCUAGAGUUACGAGGAGGGAGAUGUAUUCCCACCAAUUUCUACAGAAUGACAAGACAGGAGUGUUGUUGUUCUGGGUCUGCAGCCUGGGGUCCAGCCUGCUCCAGGUGUCCCAUCCUGAGAUCUAGGGCAUUCAAGGAAUUAUGUCCAGAAGAUAUUGGCAAAACACCUGAUGGAAAAGAUAUAAAUGAGUGUCAGAAGUUUCCAGGCAUUUGUGGGAAUGGCUACUGCAUCAACACACAGGGAUCCUACAGGUGUCGCUGUAACCGUGGCUACAAAACAGAUAUCACAAACACAAAAUGUAUCGAUGUUGAUGAGUGCAGGGAGGGCACAUCUUCUUGUGAGUCCAGCUGUAGGAACACAGUCGGAAGUUAUCGAUGUUCCUGUGCUACAGGCUAUGUUCUUAACAGGGAUGGCAAAACUUGCAGAGAUUUGGAUGAAUGUGCCACAAUGAAGCACAGCUGUCAGCAGAUUUGUACUAACACCGAGGGAAGUUACCAAUGCAGCUGCAAGAUUGGCUACAGAAUGGAGGCUAACCAGUGUAGAGAUAUUAAUGAAUGCAAUGAAGAUUCCUCACUUUGCACACCAGGAGGAACAUGCCGCAAUACUCUGGAGGGAUUUAAAUGUAUUUGUAAAAGAGGAUACAAAAUGGACUCAACAGGCAGAAAGUGUAUUGAUAUCAAUGAAUGCGAGACUGGUCGAUGUGAUGAUGGGUGCGAGAAUAAACCCGGUUCCUACAAAUGUAUCUGUCCUCCAGGGUACAAGCCAGUCCAUGGACAGUGCAUAGAUGACAAUGAAUGUCAGACACAAGAUAUAUGUGGUUUGGCAGCUUGCUUCAAUGUACCUGGCUCCUACCAGUGCCAGUGUUCAUCUGGUACGAACUUUGACCCUGGUCUCAUGUCCUGUCUAGGUGUUGAUAUUUGUGUGAAUGCUCCCUGUUUAUAUGGAUGUUCCCUAACUGGCCCCUCCUUUAUCUGCGACUGUCCACCUGGAUAUCAGACUCUGGGAGUUGGACAUUGUGUGGCAGUCUCCCCAGAUGGUGGUGUGAGAGGGUCAUUCCCUACAGGAGACAACAUUCCCCAUGUCCCUGCCCCAGACAAUGGCAGACUUCCUACAGGAGAGGGCUGCUUUGAGUGUGAUAUCAAAUCGCAAGACAUUCCUUUAUCCAAGAGAGCCAAGCGAGAUAUUCAGAACCAGGUUGCUUCAAUAGAUUAUAGUACAAAAACACUUCAUCAGCAACUGCCAAGAAAACUGCAGCCGGUGAUAGUGACAGAAGUUUUGAAACUCUACAUAAAGAGGAAAGAUGUAUAUAGAAAGAAGAAAUUGAUAGCAGUUCUUCCAUCAUUGAUGGCUCUUAAAAAUAAUGUCAAGUACCACAUUCUCCUUGGGAAUGAAAAGAAGAUUUUUGUUAUUCAUAAAAGACAAGGUGUCAGUAGCCUUCAGUUUAGAAGGAAAAUCAGAAAACCCAAAAUUUUCCAUCUGAUUAUAGAAGCAAAACCAAUUCACAAAGAUGAAAAUGUGGCAGGGUCAAAGGUCAUACUAAGGAGAACUCUUUUACAUGUGGAGGUAAAGGUACUGUAGACUUGGCAUUCUUGUCAGAUAGUAUAAUUUUUAAAAGUGGGUGCUAAAUUUAAUUCACCUAAGUACUACUGGAAGAGAAGAUCAAGAUCCUGUGGAAGAGGCAGACAUGUGAUAUGAUAUUCAAGACUGUAUACAACAAUGUAUAUAAUAAUUUGUCGAAAACAAGUUUUUGGAAACUGCAGGAAUAUAUUAAACUAUAUGACGUCAACCUCUGGAUUAAGUAUCAUACAAUUUGUUGAAAGAAUGAUGUAUGCAUAGAAAAUGGGUUGCUUUAGAUUUACUGGUACAUGUAACAUAUACAUGUAUUUUGAUAUACAUAUUGUACAUGCAGCAGCCAGUGGCACUAUUUUGAUAUUGUAUAAAAUUUAGGAGUGAUUUUGAGUUGGUGCCUUUUUUUUUUAAAAACAGUGAUGAAAGGGUGUGUUUAUAAUAUGUAUGUUUUUUAAGGAGUGAUGCCCGUUUAAAAAUCCUAAGGGAAGGGAAGAUAGAUCACGUGAUAAACUUGCAUUGAUGUAUUGUGUGGGGAUUCCCCUAUUCAGUAUAUUUAGUGUGAAUAGGUUUUCAUUAUGGAGAGACUAUAGUUGUAAAGUAAUCCAGAUAUUUUUCUGUUUUUUCUCGUACUUGAAUACUCCUGAUUUUCAUUAUGAAAUUUUAGCUUGCAAUUUUUAGAUUUCAAUGAAAUGUUUUAAGAUGUGUGUUGUAGAUAUAUUUUUGGCCUCUCAACUGAUUAGUGUCAUCAAAAUCACUUACAAAUAUGCAUGUGCAAGCACGUACAUUCAAUUUGAUUGGCUAAUAUUUGAAUAUACCUGUAACUCUCUUAUGACAUCAUAGGUAAAUACUACAAGAAAUUACAGUGUAAUAUGAUUGGUUGUAUAUAUACACAUGUGCAUGUAUACAUCUACAUUGUUUUUGGACUAGCUUUUAUCUCCUUUUUUGUUGAAUUUCUAAAAAAUUAAUCUUGUAGUGAUAUAUCAGGUUUUGUAACAUAUCAAUGUGGUCAAAUUACUCGCAAGUAUGUGCAUUGAAUUUUGAUUGGAUGAUAUUUAUACUUCUAUUACAGAUUUGUUUCUUAAUGCAAUUUUAAAUUUUGUUAUAUAGUAGAUAUUGAAAUGCUUCACUUUGAUAGAGACAUUGGUAAAGUCACUGUUAUCGCACAUGCAUGUGUGCUUAAUUUUGAUUGGAUAAUUAAUGGUUAAAACUGCUAUAAAAAUUGUUUCCAAUGAAAUUUGCUUUGAAAUUUAUACUGUAAAUAUCUAUUUAGACGCUUUACAGACUGGCAUGGUGAAAGUUACCUUGUAGGAAGUGCUUAAAUGUUGGAUUGAUUUUGACUUGAUAAUUCUUCAACUUGUGUAGCUCAUCAGUAAGGUGAAAUUUUUACAAUAUAUAAUCUAUUGGACAAUUCAUUGGAAUUUACUCGAACAAAUGGCACCACUUUUUGAUGAGAGGGGGGGGGGGGGGGGGGAUUUUAGGAAGGUUUAAUGGUCCCCAUUACAAUUGCCACUAGUUACCUAAAGGUUGACCCUUGCACACAUACAUGUACUAGCUCAUGAGUAUCUGAAGCCUAACAGAAAAUAGUGAUAUUUGGUCAGCUAAAAGAAAAUGUCAAUUGUUUAAGUCAUGGUUCCGGGAGAGGGAGGGGAACAGAAAGGCCAUGAUAAUUGUUAUUAAUAUGUAAGCACCCUCAAAUAGUGCAGACUAAAGCUUACCAGAGCUGAAGCUUAAGUGAAGCUUUCUGAGGUAAUGUAAAUUGUUCAAAUGAUAGCCCAAGGGUAUGAUAGGGCCACAAUAGGGAAUUGAGAUUUUACAUGGUAUAUAGGAAAAUAAUCUGUAAAAGUAAUCUCAAAAACAGCAGGACCAUGAUUAGUGAUAUUGAUAUGCAAACAUUGUCAGAUAGUGCAGAUUCAAAUUUGUUCCAAUCAAUGCCCAAGGACCUUAAGUGGGAACACAAUAGGGGCCAGAUCUAACUUAUAUAUGAGAAUAUUUAAAGGAAAAAUCUUCUCCAGAACCAAUUUUGAAAAAUUUCCAAGGAGUGUGGAUUCAUUUCAUUUUUUUUCGAAUAUAUUGACCCUGGGGUUAGCUUUUCUCGUUAUGGAAUUUAGUAACUUGAAUUUAAAAUCUCUUGUUGUUGAGGACACAUUAGCUGUGCAUAUAUUUUGUCAGUUUGUUGUGAUUUAAGAAUUGUAGUUGAUUUUUGGUCUGGAGCCAGCAAAACAAGUUCAAGAUUUGGAGUGCAAGAAUUUGCAUGUACAUGUAAAUAUGCAGCAUUUCCAAGAAGCACUCUUUAGAUGUGCCCUUAAAAGGGACAUGGACCCAAAGAUUUGAGCUGAAAAUAUUCAUGUUUUAUUUUUCCAUCUUUAUGUUUACAAUGCUUAACUAAGUUAUUUCUAUAAUGGUCAGGAAAAAUUUGAAUGUUAGCUUUCGAGUUAACAAGAGAGGUACAGAGCCAGUUGUGGAUUAAGAGGGGGCUAUACAAAUGUAGAAAUAAUGUGAUUUGUCACCCAAAAUGGCUGAGUAUUUUGGCUAUUACUUGACUUUUACCUGUGCCCCCCCACACACACACACACACACCCCGUCAGAAAUCCUGGAACCACAACUGAGAGCUCACAAUUCUUUGUUAUGUUAACAAGGCUCAUGUUGUGUUUUUGUUUACAAAGGUUACAUAUACUAGUAAAAGUUUUGUUUAAAGCAGAUUUUUCAAUUUACAAGUUGAUUCUGAACACAAUUAAACAGUGUCUAGUGUUUGUCAUGAUAUUUUCUAUGUAAACAAAAACAAAAAGGCUCAGCCUUGUUUACAUUGGGAAUUGUGAGUGCUGUAUCUCGCUUUUAACUCAACGAAUGAGAUUCAAAUUUUUGCUGACCAUUAGGAAUAUUUUAGUUAAGCAUUAUGUAAACAUUAAAAAUGUAGAAAUAAAAUUUGAAAAAAAUUCAGUUCAAAUUGAGGGGUAUAAGUUCUGUUGGAACAGUUUUUGUUGUACAGAAGUUAAAUAUUAACUGUAGAAAUAUUCAGUACAAAUGUUGUAUAGUAUGAUAAUGAAAUUCCACAAAGUAGUUGAGGCUACUGAAAGAAAUGCAUGUAUUUGUGAAAACAUGAAUCAAAUAUUGGGUGGAGACAAAGUGUGUCAUAAAAUCUUGGGUUCUGAUGAGCGUGACUAUCUACAUGUUUAUUAUACAAUAAAGAUUUUACUAUAAUGAGUACCUUCUAUAUGCAAAUAUUCUUAAAACUACAUGUACUAUUAUUUACCGGGCACGUGAGCUUAUGAUAUGUGGCAUCGACUGAAAUCUACAUUUAUUUACCUUUACGAAAUUGCAGAAGGUACAAUGUACACCCAUGAUUUACAUUCAAUAUGAUGAAAUGCCCAUUUACUGGCUAUUCAAACAAUAGCAAGUUGUUAUCCCCCAGGGUAGCAAAUAUUUCUCUGAAUUGUACAGAACACCAAAUUAACAUACUGAAACUUGUGCUCUUUGAUUGUUUGAAGAAGCAGGUUAGACUCGGUGCAGGUCACCACUAAGACUCCAGAACUGGUCCACGCAGUUUUUAUAGGUUUUAAUUCAGUGUUGAUAAAUUACAAUCAAUAUUAACUUCUCUUCAUCCUCCCUAAUCUCAGCGAGAUUCGUCUGGCUGCAUAUUUGGACUGAUACCUCUUCGUACUCAGUCCUCCGAAUCUCAGACCAGUGUUGCACAAAGUGAUUCGGGAAAUCUUGCCUGAACUUCAGCCGCUUGUUGCAAUUGAAAUAAGUUAAAGUGAAUUUCUUGCCCGCUUCAACUUUUUGCCUUUUGACAUCCUGUUGUGUAAAUCUCACAGUAAAUCAAAUAGGUUCUUUUCGAAGCCGUUACAAAUGUUAUACCUUCUCUGCGCUGAAGAAUUCCAAUAGUCUAUUUCAUAAUAGUUUGCACCAUCAUUGUCUGGAGGUACAGAGCUUUCUAAGUGACUAUUACUUUGCAAGAAGCAUUUUAGCUUGAAAAUGAAAAGCAAUAAAGGGAACACUGUAGAUUUUAACCAAUCUAUUUGAAGGCGUCUUUGGAAAGUCAUGUGCCUCCAGACACAGUUUUCUGUACUUAAUGAUAAUACAUACUACAUGCAUCAUGAAAUAGACUAUUGGUGUACUUAAUGAUAGUACAUGCAUCCUGGAAUAGACUUUUAGUGUUGAGAAGGUAUAACAUUAAAUGGUAGCCAUUUGCAAUAGCUUCAAAAAUCAGCAACUUCAUAUACUGUGGUAUAUACACUUGUUAAAGGUAUAGAGAAAUGCAAGUUUCAUAGUGAUAGGAUGUCUAAAGCAAAAAAGUUGAAGUGGGCAAGAAAUUCAUUUUAAUUGCAACAAAUGGCCAAAGUUCAGGCAAGAUUUUCCGAUUCAAUUUGUGUGACAUUGGUCCGAGAUUCGGAAGAGGUGUUAGUCUCGGAGAUUCUCGCUGAGAUUACACCCUCCCUCCCCAAUAACUAUUGUCUCAAUGUCCAGUAAAUGGGUUUGUAGUGUAUUGAAUCAUUAGACCUUGCAGUAAAAGAGGACCCAGGUGAAAAGCAUGCAUAUCAUUCAACCCAUGUCUACCCAGUGCCCAACAAUUCCAUGAGUGAGAAGAUAAUUGGCUUUUGUAUCUAUUUUUGUAGUGCAUGUAGAAUUUUUGAAAUUAUAUCCUGCAUAGGUAUCUGCAACACGAAAAUGUUGCUCAUAUUCGUGAUAUAUAUUGUGUUUGCAUUCAUGGGUAAGCUGAUUUAAAUUUAUUAUAAUUUUCUAGAUAUCAGAUGUGUACUAAGUAUAGAAAAUUAAACAUAUCCAUUUAUACAAA